UUUAUAGUUUGUAUAUUACAUGAUUACAGGAGGAGCAAUGAUGUUAGGUUUUGUAGCGGACACGGUAAUCAUGUUCACAACUCAGCUGCUUUUCUUCAUAUUUGGUUAUCUCUUCUUCAUGCUCCAACUCUUCUCUAACUACGAGAUCCACCAGAGAGGAGUACAGGUUCUAUUUGCAGUGACCUUCACCAUGUCACUCAGCAUGUUCGAGCUCAUCAUAUUCGAGAUACUGGGUGUCAUGGACCUCUCCUCCCGCCUCUUCCACUGGAAACUUAAUCUCUACUUUGCUCUGGUUCUGUUGAUCGUUAUACUGCCUAUGUACAUGAGCUACAUUGUUCUUAACAGUUUAAGAAUAUUAAAACAACAAAGACUAACAGCUCUUUUCUGUUUCCUGUCCUGGACUGUUUAUUUCUACUUCUUUUGGAAGCUUGGUGACCCAUUUCCCAUCAUGAAUCCUAAGCAAGGGAUAUUCAGCAUAGAGCAGAUGAUCAGUCGAGUAGGAGUGGUAGGAGUGACUCUGAUGGCUAUCCUCUCUGGGUUUGGAGCCGUGAACUGUCCCUACACUUACAUGGACUACUUUGCCAGGAUUGUCACGUCACUGGAUGUAAACAACAUGGAGAAAAGAAUGCUGCAGACACUGGACAUGAUAGCCAACAAGAAGAAGAAACUGAUACUGGAGGAGAGAAAGAGUACAGCUCAAGUCAGCGACAAGGAUCAAGGCUGGUGGUCAAGACUAACCUCUUCACUCCGCACAAAUGAAACAGUAACAUUGUUGUACGAUGAGGUGGAAUCUCUUGAGGAACUUUCUAGACAGCUGUAUUUGGAAAUAGUAGAUAUGAACUCGAUGAGAGAACGUCUAGCUAUGAGUAGGACACUGUUGGGAAAAUAUUUCAACUUUACUGGUCACAUUUUCUCAGGUUACCUCGCAUACAAGAUAUUCAUGAGCACAGUGAACAUUGUGUUUGACAGAGUCGGCAAAAAGGACCCCAUCUCCCGAGGACUAGAGAUCUCAGCAAACUGGUUGGGCUUCAAAUUUGACGCUCAAUUCUGGGCACAACAUCUCAGCUUCAUCAUCGUUGGCAUCAUCAUCGUCUGCUCAAUCCGGGGUCUCCUCAUAAACCUCAUCAAAUGGUUCUACGCUAUCUCCAGCGCCAAAUCCAGCAACCUCCUCGUCCUGUUCCUGGCUCAAAUAAUGGGAAUGUACUUUGUUUCGUGUGUUUUGCUGAUGAGGAUGAACUUGCCGCCUGACUUCCGGGUCAUCAUUACGGAGGUGCUCGGGAACAUCCAUUUCAACUUUUAUCAUAGGUGGUUUGAUGUUAUAUUCCUGGUAUCCGCGGUUAUUACAAUGGGAGUGCUGUACGUGACUCACCAGACUUCUCCCCAUAAGUUUACAUCUGCUCAUUGAGGAGCUGUUAGUGGUGUUAGUGGGGAAUAGUUGUUAUGUGUGUGUGUAGAAUUAACGUUUAAUUAGUCAGGAAUUAGAUAUUUAUUUAAUAGAGCUUAGUGUUUAAUUAUUACGGAAUUUAAGUAAGUGUUAUGUGGAUUGUUACGACGCUGAUAAACAUUAUUCCAAUGAUAUGCAUCUCACAAAUGCAUUUGUCUAUGUAAUCAGAAGACGCGAGCAAUGUGUGCCCUGUCAAUGUAAUAAAUACCAGCAUUUUAUUUAAAUAGUAUGUUUAUGGCUAUGCAGUUUUUACCUGGGUAUCUAGAUGAUGCAAGGCUAACGUUAAAUGAAAAUUAUUAUAUGUAUUUAUACAUUAGAAUUUCCAGCCUGACUUACAAUACGAUAAAUAUAACAGACGAUUAAACUUGUUUUUUAAGUUGUUGAGUAUAAAAUAAUGACAAACCAUGAAAUAUAACUAUUGGCCUCUUUUAACAAGCCUAAAUUCGAAAAAUUUGGUCAGCUAAAAUUUUAGUUUUCGGUAUCUAGUGUUAUGAUAUAUGUUGACUCACGUUGAAUUAUUGAAAAUGAAUGAAAAUUGUCAUCGCAAGAUCUGAUAUUGACAUUAUUUAUUGUCACAAUACGAUCGUUUUUUGUGUCCAUGAAUCAUUUGAAUAAAU